AAAGCCACCCACCUUUAGAAACACAUUGAAUUAUGCCACCAAAUCAAGAAUCACACACAUUGUUCCCACAUCAAAAAAGCUUCCAUAAAUGAAACUAUCCCUCUUCCUUAAUCCAAAAUCCAACAACAACCCAUCAACCCCAUUAGGCCAUUACCACCAUGUCCACAACACAAUCAGAAAAACAAGCUCUUUUCAUUACAUCACUCAUAAUCUUUUGGUACUCAUCAAACAUUGGUGUCCUUCUCCUUAACAAACUUUUACUUUCCAAUUAUGGUUUCAGUUUCCCAAUCUUCCUUACUAUGUGUCAUAUGACAGCUUGUGCUGUUCUUAGUUAUGUCUCCAUUGUUUUCUUAAAGAUUGUUCCUUUUCAAAGGAUCAAAUCAAGAUCCCAAUUUUUUAGAAUUUCGACACUUAGUAUUGUCUUUUGUGGUUCUGUUGUUGGUGGUAAUAUUUCCUUAAGGUAUUUACCUGUUUCAUUUAAUCAAGCUGUGGGUGCUACAACACCCUUUUUCACUGCAUUGUUUGCUUAUGUCAUUACCAUGAAGAGGGAAGCUUGGCUUACAUAUGGUUGUCUUGUUCCUGUUGUUGCUGGUGUUGUGAUUGCAAGUGGGGGCGAGCCUAGCUUCCACCUUUAUGGAUUCAUUAUGUGCAUAGGUGCAACUGCUGCUAGAGCGUUUAAGUCUGUACUUCAGGGCGUCCUGCUUUCCUCUGAAGGGGAAAAGUUGAACUCCAUGAACUUGCUGCUUUACAUGUCACCAAUUGCCGUUCUAGUUUUGUUGCCUGCGACACUCGUAAUGGAGCCCAAUGUGCUGGAUGUCACCGCGACACUUGCCACAGAACAUAGAUACCUCGGCCUACUUAUUUUGGUCAAUUCUGCAAUGGCGUAUGGAGCCAAUUUAUUGAACUUCUUGGUGACAAAGCAUACCAGUGCACUGACACUCCAGGUCCUAGGAAAUGCAAAAGGUGCUGUGGCUGUUGUAAUAUCGAUACUUCUUUUCCGAAACCCUGUAACUAUUAUUGGAAUCGCGGGCUAUACAAUGACCGUGAUGGGGGUUGUUGCUUACGGAGAAGCCAAAAGAAGAUACAAAUGAGCUGACAUUCGGCCUUUGUUUCUUCUCCGAUGAAGCCCCAUACUUUUGUUUUCUUGAAGUUUAGAGACAUAUUGUAGACUUUUAA